CUAGAAUACGCCGUGUUCCGUCAAUGGAAGUACGUGUCACUCCUCAUUAGUGCGGUGCAAGAAGACGGCGUAAACUGCGCGCUGAUAUGGGACGAAUGCGAAGGGUUGCAGGUAAUGGCCGGCGACUGGGAGGCACGAGUGACUCCAGGUUGGAAGGUUACAAUCGUCUGUGAAGAUGAUGAUGUCUACGACAAUGAGGACGACUGGGGCGAAGUAGAUGACGAGAAAGACGAACCCUGGGAUGUGGAGAAAGGGCACAGCGGGGAAUGGUGGUUCAAGCGCUGGAAGACGAGGGUCGAG